AUGUGAUGCGCGGGGCUUCACAUGAGUAUCUUGAUCUACUAUGUUCUUAUGUUGUUAAAUGUUCAAGUUGCUCUAUCGCCAAUAUUUUUUCGUUAUUAACAUCGCUAUCUAAUAGCCCAAGUAACCCUUUACCAUGGUUUCUCUGAGGCGAGAAAGAGACGUUAAAUUUGACGACGAUGAAGAGGAAGACGGAGUGUCCGCUAAAGUUGGCAGAGGACGUGUAACAGAGGACCACAGAAGCCGUCACUGUCCUUACCUCGACACCAUAAACAGGAGUGUGCUGGACUUUGACUUUGAGAAGCUUUGCUCCAUCUCUCUCUCCCACAUCAAUGUUUAUGCCUGUCUUAUAUGUGGAAAGUACUUUCAAGGUAGAGGGUUGAAGUCCCAUGCUUACACUCACAGUGUACAGUUUACCCAUCAUGUGUUCCUUAACCUGCAUACACUGAAGUUCUACUGUCUGCCAGACAACUAUGAGAUCAUUGACUCUUCACUUGAGGACAUUACAUAUGUGCUGAAGCCCACAUUCACCAAGCAGCACAUUUCGGGAUUGGAUAAGCAGGGAAGGCUGUAUCGAGCCUAUGAUGGCACUACCUACCUUCCAGGCAUUGUAGGGCUCAACAACAUCAAAGCUAAUGACUACGCAAAUGUGGUGUUACAGGCCCUGUCUAAUGUUCCUCCACUACGAAAUUAUUUCCUUGAAGAGGAAAACUACCGGGGGAUCCGCAGACCACCAGGAGACAUCAUGUUUCUCCUGGUGCAGAGAUUUGGUGAGCUGAUGCGCAAACUCUGGAAUCCGAGGAACUUCAAGGCCCAUGUGUCUCCCCAUGAGAUGUUGCAGGCUGUGGUGUUGUGCAGCAAGAAGAACUUUCAGAUAACAAAACAAGGGGAUGCAGUGGAUUUUCUGUCUUGGUUCUUGAAUGCUCUACAUGGUGCUCUUGGAGGCACAAAAAAAAAGCCUUCAAUCAUUACCAAAGUAUUUCAAGGCUCUAUGCGCAUCUUCUCCAAGAAGCUUCCACAUCCAGAUUUACCACCAGAGGAGAAGGAGGCUUUACUCUUGAAGGAGGAGUACCAGGAGGAGAUGUCAGAGUCUACCUUCCUAUUCUUGACCCUUGAUCUCCCAACAGCACCACUGUAUAAGGAUGAGAAAGAGCAGCUUAUCAUCCCACAGGUCCCCCUCUUCAACAUCCUGGCUAAGUUCAACGGUAGCACGGAAAAGGAAUACAAAACCUACAAAGAGAAUUUUCUCAAAAGGUUUCAGUUGACCAAACUGCCUCCAUACCUAAUUUUCUGCAUCAAAAGAUUUACCAAGAACAACUUCUUUGUGGAGAAAAACCCCACCAUUGUCAACUUUCCUAUCACGAAUGUCGACCUUCGUGAAUACUUGACAGAAGAAGCCCAAGUUUCAGAGAAGAACACAACCUAUGACCUGGUUGCCAAUGUGGUGCAUGAUGGGAAGCCAUCUGAGGGCGCAUACAGAAUUCAUGUUUUGCAUCAUGGCACGGGAAAGUGGUAUGAAAUGCAGGACCUGCAGGUGACAGACAUUCUACCUCAGAUGAUUACGUUGUCUGAGGCGUAUAUCCAGAUCUGGAAAAGACAAGAGGGUGAUGAGGACACAAAAAACCAUACAGGGGCAUGAGUGAUGAGGGAAUUGCCUUAUUGUGACUGCAAGUGAGGACACCAUGUGACCAGUGCUUGAAUGAGUUUCAAGGGACAACGGAACAGGGCCCCUCAGUUACCAAACAUGACAUGACUAUUUAGAUUGACAUUGGUCUGAGAGGGUCAUGGCUUUGUUUGUGGACAAAAAAGUAAUGUCAUAACCCCCCACUUUUAUUCUUUGGAAUUUGUAAAAAAUAAAAUAUACAAGCACAAACAUUUCAAUCAGUAGUUUUCCUUUUUAUUGCUAGACCUUAGACAAUAUUGCAGUUUAUGCCCAUUUGAAGGUAGGUUGCACCAGUAAUUGCAGAAAAGGUCUAAUAUUACAUAAGGUCUAGGUCUAUAGUAUGUCAUACAGUGAUCAAUAGUUCAGUUGGUCAUCCAAAGGAGUUGAAUCAAGUGCAACUGGACUUGGUAUAUAUCCGUGAAGAUGUUUCGCCUCUCAUCCA